AUGAGUAGCUGUGACAAGGUUUCAAGCUCUACGAAGCCUGACACAGAGUCGCGCGUGCGCCAGGUCGAUGUCGUUAGAGUACCUAAGCCACCAAGCCAAGGAAAGUCAAGGUCAACUCCGAAACAGCUGAGGCAAACUACGAUCAGUCUCAAAGCCGACCGGCUUGCUGUUCACAAGUACCCCACUGAACUUGCCGUGAGUUUGGAUCAGUUCCUGAUUUGGGCCAGAAACACCUCAAAUCUGAAGCGCGUGAUGGAGAUGCUGUCGAAGUAUCCUGUUCAGCUGGAGGGUGCCUAUCUAAGAGCUCGGAAGAUUGAUUGUCAUAGGGAAAUUGUACGACCUGCGGACUACAUGCACACAUUUGUAAUUCCACAAGACCUCGCCCUAUCAACGCAGGCAGCAACGACUACUACCCGGAAGGAGAAGCAGCCAAUUGUACUGGAUGAAAAGGCCAAGAAGCAAGGACUUGUUCUCGACGUCGUCUUGGCGAUUGAUCCAAAACUGUGGAUCUCCUUCCGGGUAUUAGUCGUUGCUGCCUGCAUUGAUAGGGCGAGGUCUUGUGGAAUUACAAAUGUGUGCAUGUAG